AAGGUUCCCUCCAAGGGUGAGGGUGCUGCUGAUCUUGCCAUGCGAGCCCGAAAGAGGAAAGCUGAUGUGGCCACUUUCUUACAGGAUCCUGAUGAAGAAAUUGCUAAAAUGGAAAUGAACAAGAAAAAGCAAUAUGAAAGCCAGCCAUCUUGGAAUAAGGAUGUCCAGAAAAGUCCCCAUAUGCUGAUUCCCACACCAGAUAAAGAUGAGCCAGUUAAUAUUGGCUUCUCUCAUUUUGUACACCUCAGACUUAGUCCAGCUAGAACUUCACCGCUACCAAUUCUGGGCUGGGCAAAUAGAGAUGAUGUAUGGAAAAACAUGCUAAACAAAGAACAGACAUAUGUGAGAGAUCAACAUUAUAUGCAAAAGCACCCUCUCUUGCAACCUAAAAUGCGAACAAUUCUUCUAGACUGGCUAAUGGAGGUUUGUGAGGUCUACAAACUUCACAGAGAGACUUUUUACUUGGCACAAGAUUUCUUUGAUCGGUUUAUGGCAACACAACAAAAUGUUGUAAAAACACUGUUGCAGCUUAUUGGCAUUUCAUCUUUAUUCAUAGCUGCAAAGCUUGAGGAAAUCUAUCCACCAAAGUUGCACCAGUUUGCUUAUGUUACAGAUGGAGCUUGUGCAGAAGAUGAAAUCCUCAGCAUGGAGUUGAUCAUUAUGAAGGCUCUUAAUUGGAACUUAAAUCCACUGACAGUUGUAUCAUGGCUAAAUAUUUACAUGCAAGUUGCAUAUCUAAAUGAGCUUUAUGAGGUGUUGCUGCCACAAUAUCCCCAGCAAAUCUUUGUACAGAUAGCAGAGCUUUUGGAUCUCUGUGUGCUCGAUAUUGGCUGCUUGGAAUAUACAUAUGGAAUACUUGCUGCUUCUGCUUUGUACCACUUCUCCUCAUCUGAACUGAUGCAGAAGGUUUCGGGUUAUGAAUGGUAUGACAUAGAAGAGUGUGUAAAAUGGAUGGUUCCAUUUGCUAUCGCUAUCAGGGAAGCAGGAAGCUCCAAACUCAAACACUUCAGAGGCAUAGCUUCUGAAGAUUUGCACAAUAUACAAACACAUAUAAACAGCUUGGAUUUGCUGGACAAAGCUCAAGCAAAACAGGCCAUGUUGGCUGAGCAAAAUAGGACUUCUCCUUUACCCAGUGGUGUCCUCACACCACCACAGAGUAGUAAGAAACAGUCCACUGGGCUGAAGCUGAUAUGACUGCAAACUGUCUACAUCAGAGACAAUUUAGCUGAAGUGCCUGUUUUUGCUGGUUCUGAAUCCUGCUCCAUUAUGGAAAUGCUGCCAGUGAAGUUUAUAAGCUUUUAUGGAUUCUAAAAAGGAAACUUGCAUUUUUUUGUGACAGAAGAAUCUUCUAUAUGAAAAAGUUUUUAUUAACUAUUGAUAUUUUAAAUAAAUGGAUCAAGUACACCAGCCACUUAAAAGAACGCCGAAGAGUGCUCCAAAUGCUGCUAAGGAAGGUGAUACUUGAUGUGACCAACUGUUCAAAAAAAAGGCUUGAAGUUAAAAACUGCAACUGUGUGUGUGUGUGUGUGCGUCUGUCUGUCUGUCUGUCUGUCUGUCUGUCUGUCUGUCUGUCUUUGGAUAUCCCGGGAUGAUUUCACCUUAGGGGGGCAAAUAGGCUUGAGAAUGCUGUGGAAGACUACAUUUUAGAGCCUCUUUACAAGCUGUUGGCUUACAACUUGAUGACUUUUUAAAAACCCUUUACGUAAAUGCUGCUAUGUCUCUAUAUAUCAAUUUUUAAAUAAAAAUGCUGUC